UGCAGCGUGCGUGCAUGUGAUUGAGUAAAGCAGAUGCUCGAAAUGAGGCAACAAAAAGACAAUGCCCACGCCAGACUACUCGCACUUUAGGUGGUACUUACCUAGCGUUCCGCCCCCACCACGUCUCCCUUGCACGCAAUGACAUAUGCCCCUCUGAUCGGAUUGAUCACCACCAGUCUGCCGACGAUCCUCGAGAUAAUCGUUGAGGCUCUGCUGGCUGGAGUUUGAAACAUUGCAGCCCUCUCAUUCUAUUGUCAUUACAUUCCCAACCACGAUGUCUGUUCGAGAAGCGUCCCAUGCAGGCUCGUGGUACUCCGACAAUGGACAACAGUUGGCAGCACAACUAGAUCAUUGGAUGUCCAAGGUUCCUGAGGGAGAUGUCCUUCCUGGAGUCGACGCACUACCACUCCCGGGGGCUCGAGCAGUCAUAUCACCUCAUGCGGGCUAUGCAUAUUCAGGUCCUUGUGCAGCAUGGGCCUACAAAUGUCUCGAUCUGUCGAAAGCGAAGCGCAUCUUCAUCCUACAUCCGUCCCACCACCAUCAUCUAAGCACAGCUGCCUUGCCUGUCGUCCACGCAUAUGAGACACCUCUGUCUCCAACACCUCUUCCUCUCGAUCUCGACACAAUCAAACAACUUUCUACACUCUCUACCACCGUCCAGGGCCGUACGGUCAAGUUCACAACGAUGUCCCGGCCAGUCGACGAAGCCGAACACAGCGGAGAAAUGCAACUACCCUACAUUCACCGUCUCCUGCAGAAACUCUACCCGGGCGAGUCCGAGACCUCUUACCCUCCUUUAGUCCCGAUCAUGGUCGGUGCAACAAAUCCCGCGACCGAGUCCGCACUGGGAAAGAUGCUGGCUCCAUACGUUGCAGAUGAGGGCAAUGCGUUCGUCAUAUCAUCUGAUUUCUGCCAUUGGGGAAGCAGGUUUGGCUACACAUACUACCUACCCGAUGCGCCCAGUCCAGCCUUGUCACCACUGAUGCUGCCGAAUGGAGUCCGGGGACAGUUCACCACGGCAAAAGAGUCGGUCAAUGAAGACGUUCACAAGACGCCAACACUGGGUAAUGGUCAGGACCUCAGGUCAGGCACCAAGAUCCCCAGAGGUGGGCCGCAAAUAUAUGAAAGCAUCGCCCACGCUGACCGGGCGUGCAUGUGCGCAAUUGCCACAGGGGAACAUGCUGAGUUCGUACGUGUGUUGAAGGACACGGGCAAUACUGUCUGCGGAAGACAUCCCAUUGGUGUCUUCAUGGCGGGUGUGGAGGAGGUUGAGCGCCAAGAGAAAGAGCGUGGAGAGGUAGACAGCAAGGGUACGCAAAGGCGAUUCAGGUUCAUGAGGUAUGAACGAAGCAGCGACGUAGAGACGGUCCGGGACAGCAGCGUGAGCUAUGUUAGCGCAUUCGCGGUGCUGUGAGAUUGGCGAUAUGAUGGAAUUCCGGUUCAGUGCCAUGGACAUGGAUUUGGCUGCUGUGUCAAGCUGUUGAUUCAAAUGCCGCUUACAGGUGGAUAUGGUGAUCACGCAGUGCCCGCUGGCGUCAGCAGCAGGCAGCCAGACUUGGAAGAUGAGUGGCCGGGGUGAAUGUCACCAUUGUAGGAAUUCAGCGGAACAUGUCCGUGGGAGGCGGAGCUGAUAGUCAGCAAGAAACUGCUACCACGACGGAUCUCUGAGAGUGCAGUGCACCUUCCCUCAAUGUUGAUAUGGAGGACAUCGUUGAAUGGCGCGGGUACAAGUCAGCUCGAAACAGGAAAUCAGCAUACACUGUAUGUACUCGGUAUUAAUCUUCUUAUGAUGCUUCGGUUCAAGUAGAAUGACCGCGGAUUUACCUGCGCCGGUACGGCAGCGGCGUUCGCACACCUGAU